AUGGAGUGUCUGAAAGGAAAAACACAGGCAGAGGACUUGUAUGACCAGGUGUCUGCUGUCAUCGAAAAUAUGAAGCUCCCUUGGAGUAAACUUAUCAACGUCAUCACAGAUGGAUCUCCUAAUUUGACGGGGAAAAAUGUCGGCCUGCUGAGGAGAAUACAGAAUAAAGUGAAAGAUGAAAAUCCUGACCAGGAUGUUAUUUUCCUUCACUGCAUCAUCCACCAGGAAUCUCUAUGUAAAUUGGUAUUACAGCUGAAUCAUGUUGUGAAUCCUGUCGUAAAACUUGUCAACUUUAUACGUGCAAGGGGACUUCAGCACCGUCAGUUCAUCACGUUCCUGGAGGAAACUGAUGCGGAUCACCAGGACCUACUUUAUCACUCCCGGGUCCGCUGGUUAAGUUUGAGCAAAGUGUUUCAACGAGUAUGGGAGCUCAAAGAGGAGAUCGGUGCAUUUUUGGAGUUACUGAGGAAGGCCGGCGAAUUUCCUGAGCUGAGCAACAAGAGCUGGCUUUGUGACUUUGCGUUUGCUGUGGAUAUAUUUUCACACUUGAAUGAACUGAACGUGAAGCUACAGGGGAAGGAUCAGUUUGUGCAUGACAUGUACACAAACGUGAAAGCCUUUAAAUCC